GUGCUGUGCCAGCCUGGAGAGGGCUGACCUGUCAGGCUCUGUGCUGGAUGGAAGAGCUGCUGCAGCUUGGGAGGGCUGGGCUUGUGUUAACAGAGAGGAGCUGGAACAAACAGAGCGGUGUAAAACAUCGAGUUCUUAAAUAUAUUCUAGAGUUGUUCUGGUUCCCAAAGCUUUUACACUUCCUCCCAGUAAUGAUUUAAUGGGAUUGACUCCCAAAGCAGAAAUUAAAACUGUCUUCUUGAUUGUCUUUGGUGUUGUUCUUCCGGCUCUCAGUGACUCCUGUCUGUGCCAGUGUGCCAACCUGCCAGGGGUGAAGAUGCUGCGCUCCAACGCAGAGGGAGCGUCCCUGAAAGGCUGCAACUCUGAGGACCCAUCAGGCCUUCAAGCUAAUCUGGAAGGUGCCAACCUGAAAGGAGUGGCCAUGGAGGGCAGUCAGAUGACAGGAAUGAACCUCCGAGUUGCAACGCUGAGAAAUGCCAAACUAAAGAACUGAAACCUCAGGGGAG